AUGCCCUGCUGCGGAGGCCAUGGCAGUGGACACAGGCAGCCACCACCCCUGCUUGUGUCGAGAACGCAGGGGCCGGGGUUUGCCGCCGGAGACGCGCUGUUGAACCUUUCAGUCCUCAAGACGCUGAGCGAGCACGUCGAUGCAGCUACUGCAGUAUCAUGUUACUCUGUUUGCCGAGCUUGGCGGGAGGCUUUCGGUCUCAGUUGCCUGAACUCCACGCUAUGCACUAGCGAACCUGUGGACGGAACGCGUUCUCGUUUCGCUGCCAACUUGCACGGCGCCGUGACGCUCGAGGUGACGCAACCCGCGGAGAAGGCACAGCGGGGCUUCGAGCGCCAUAUCGCUGCCCUGUCCCGGAACAGACACUUCCUGCAGUUGAAAGUGCACUUGCCGGUGCGGGAGGCUGGCGACCCACAGCUGUCUCUCGGCGGCCUCAGCAAUCUGCAACCGCUGACACAGCUGACGUCGCUGGUCAUCUCCCGCAAUCCGGCCUUUACCAGCGCGCCGCACAACCUCUCUGAGGACGACGUCAACGCGCUGAGCUCCCUACGCAGUCUGACGUUUUUGGAACUGUGCACCGCCGUGCCGCCGCCGCUUGGCCUGGACAAGCUCGCUGGCCUGGCGACCGGCUUCCUGACCCAACUGCGCACACUCGCUUUCGGGCACACCUCUGCGUUGUGGCGCAUUCCGGAGGUCGCACGUCUUUGCCAGUUGCUGGACGUGUGCCCACUGCUGACGGACCUUCGCCUUCGGUGCUGUGCGCCCCCUAAAGAUUCCAAGCAACUUCCAGACUUGAUGGCGUUGCCGCUGCCGCAGCGAUUGACCAAUUUCGCCCUGACCUUUGCGCGGCGGCUCGGCCGUGGCGAAGGCGGACACGCAGGCGGGGUCGGACAUGCCGCUCCUGGAGCUCACAUCGGCGUCGGUGAUGAUGGCGAUGAUGAUGCGGAGGCGCGGUACGGCGAGUACGAGGAUUUGGACGAUCCCUGGGAUUCGGUGGACCAUCUGGCUCCGAAACCCGGCUUGCAUGUGCUGAUCGUGGAAAAGGGAACGCGCGUCACGCGUAUGGAUAUUAACGUCACUAUCACCGUGUCAGCGGCGGCGCUGCCAACUAUCUCUUUGCCAGGGUCACGGCAGCAGCGAAAGUCGGUCUGGCGGCGGCGGCGUGGCGUGGCGACAGCAGCAGCAGCAGCACCUGGCCGUCGAGUCCGUCGAGUUGCACUACCCGAUAGCGAUUGCGACAGCGACGAUAAUGGCGAUGGCGACGGCGGUGCUGCUGACGAGGAGGACGUGCCGCCGUACGACGUGACGCCAAUGGUUCUUGCCGAGUACCAGCGGCUGCUGCAGCAGGAGCUGGGGCUCUCGGGUUCCUUAGCUGAGCCGGAGGACCUCCACCUAGGGGUGCGGGUGGACAUUCUGGAGGAUGAGGAGGAAGGCCUUGCGGCCGCCGCGGCAGCCGCCGUGAACAACAUCCAGCAGCAGAUGCAGGGCGGCCCGGCGCCCCUCCAGGUGCUGGCGCACCUUCAUGCAGCCCUGAAUGCUAUGCAGCAGCAGCAGCACAACGGGAAUAAUAACAACAACAACGAUCAGCACCAGCCGCAGAUGGGGUUGCCUAUGGGGCUCGCUCCGGCACUGGCGGCUGCAGCGGCCGGCGGCGGCGGUGGUGGUGGUGGUGGUGGACUGCCAGGGCAGCUCCCACCUGCGAUUGCGCUUCUGCUCAACCACAUGGCGCAGCUGCAUCUCGGCGGCGGCGGUGGAGCUGCCGGAAACAACAACAACAACAAUAACAACGGCGCUGCUGUAGCCGAUGGCACCCAGCAGCAGCAACAACACCAAAACGCGAAUCAGCAGCAACAGCACCACCACCACCACCCGGGAGGAGCUGGCGGAGCGGAUCGCGGCGCAGCGGCACCGCUGGCGGCCAGGGUCUUGCAGCUGCAGCUGGGUCCCUUGAGCCCCCACAUGUGCUAUCUGAACCUGGCGUUGGUGCCCAUGGUGACGCAGCUGGCCAUGGUGGCCCAGGAGCUUGGGCCCAACGGCGAGGAGGUGAUACAGCCGCCGCAGCCUCCUGCGGACACGAAGGUGGCGCCGGUGUUGCUGGAUCUCCGUGGUGGCGGCUACACGCAGCUGAAGUCGCUGGCUAUUACAGGCUAUGUAGACCAAGACUGCAGGCCCGCUGCGUGGAUGUCCCGCGGCUGGCUGGCCCACAUCCCGGCUGGUAUGCCCUCCCUCGAGUACCUGGCGCUGUACGAUACUCUGCCGGCGGCGGCCAAUGACCCCACGGCUAUCGAGGGCCUUCGGGCACUGUCCCACCUGGAGCACCUGGAGCUCCGGCCCCUCUACCUCCGCUUCACAGCCGAGGUGCCCUGCCCGUUAUCCGCACCGCCACCAGUGCUGCCCCCCAAGCUGCUGCAGUUGACUCUCAAGAAAGUCACCAUCCCCGCCUCGCCGUCGCCGCCUCCACACCUACCGGCGGGCGCAGCAGCGCCAUCGAGUUCUCCAGCGGCCCUGGCGCUGCUGCCGGACUUGUCCACGUUGACGCACCUGUGGCUGUUUGAUUGCGUGGCGCCGGACUUGUUGGUGUUUCGCCGGGCGACCCGGCUGGAGGACCUGCGACUGGGGGGCACCACUACCACCACGCGCCUGUCGGACCUGCUGCCCUGCUUUCCCUGUCUGCGGGGCCUUAUUAUGGACUGCAGCUAUACCGUGGCGCCUGGAUGGUGGUCGGCAAAGCAGAUGUCUUCGCUGCUAGGCCUACGCUGCCUGCGGUCGCUGCAGAUUGACGCUGCCUCACUCGAACCGCCGCCGGCGGCAACGGCGGCGUCUCGUGCCGCUGGAUCUUCAUCAUUGCGGACUAUCACACUCUCAUACGCGGCGGGGGCCUCUGGAUCAGGCGGUCCAGCGGCACGAAAACCGCAGAGCAGAGCCUCCGGCUCGGCUACGGCCCAUCGCAUCAUGGACAGCGACGAUGACAGUGACGAGUACUUGAGCACCGAAGAGGAGUCUCUUGUGCAUCUGAGCAGCGGCGGCGGAGGAGGGGUAGCAGCUGGAUUGAACUCAGGGACGGCGACGGCAUCAGGAGACGAAACCCUGCUGGAUCAAGCAGGAGCCGGUGCGGCGGGGCCGCAGAACCCGGGCGGCAGCGGUGCGGCUGCCAGGAGUGAUGGGCCUGGAGGUGACGAAGUGCCAGGCGCCAGUGGUGAGGUAGUAGCGUUGUCGACCAGCAAAGAUAGCAGAAGCGAUUUGGCGUCAGUCAUGGUUGUGCUCUCGGGCCUGACACAGUUGACGGACCUCACCCUGUCGUUUGAUACGCCGACAUUGUUCUUAGAUGAGGAUGAGGAGGAUGAGGAAGAGGAGAACGAUGAGGACGAUGCGGAUACAGAUGCGGAUGAUGAUAGCUAUGAGAGCAGCGGCUUGGCUGCGGCCGCCGGUGCCGCUGGCGGUGCGGGGCCGUCCAUGCCUGGUGCAGCGAGCCAAGGCGCCAAGAGAGGCGGCGGCGGCGAUGGCGGGGGGGGAGGAGCCGGUAGCAGCGGUUCUGCAGCUGGGCGACGUCAUACGGAGCGGGUGUACGACGCGUUAUUGUCCGUACAUUCGUUUGUGGCGCUGACAGCGCUGCGGGGCUUGUGGCGUCUUCGCAUCGGGCUGCCGCAUGGCACGUUGUGGGAGGACGUGACCUCCCGGUUGCUGCCGAUUCUGCGGAUUGCGAUGGACAAGACAUGCGUGGAGAUGGAUGUUCUGUGAAUCUCUAUAAUACAUAACUUCCAUAGUCAUGGGGCUUGGGUUCGAAUCCCCUCAUUGCGCGUAUGUGAGGACAAGAGAUGGUUGGGGGCUGUGCGGCUGUUGCAUAUCGGGAGGGGCAAUGGGCUGUGGUUGCCUUUACGUGUGCGUGUGUGUGCGUGUGUGUGUGUGUGACGCACGACGCGAGCAGGGCUUGCUUUGACGGAAAGGAGUAAAGGCAUUGGCUGGGCAGUGUCAUAACCAACAAGGUGUUUUAAAAAGUCCUUAAGUCGUGUACUGCGCGUUGUGGGUUUUUGGCGCACUGUGAACACAGUGGAGGUGGAUGUUCUGCAGAGGGCCGAAGGCUGAGGGUUUUCCACCAGAUAUGCUGAGG